GUGAUCAAUUUAUUGAAAGUUCCUGCACUUUGUCCCCGUCGGAAGCAAGUGCUGUUGGGGCGACCUAUUUGCCAAAGAGGUUUUCGGAAAAUUCUGUGUUUGGGCUCUGGCAGGUAUUCACGGUUGAAGCAAGCAGCCAGUAAAGAUGAACGUGCCCCCUUGGAUGGACGGUCAGUCCCUAAGAAGAAUGUUUUUCGAGGCAAGAGAGGCAACGAAGCCUUACAAAAGCGGGCGCUGAUAGCAGAAUAUUUGGAAGAAUUGUAUGAAACUAUCAGUGAGCCAAUGCCAGAUGCCAACCAGUCUCUGAAAUGCAAAGACCAGAUCGAAACUGAAGCUGGAGACCUUGUGACACAAGGCCCAAAACGUUUCAGAAGACACAAAGGCCGACGACCUCGGGUGGCAGUUCUCCAGAAUCGUGGGUGUGACAAGAGCAAGAUGAAGCUAUUGCCACCUGGUACGUAUUCUGACUACUUGGGCCUUUUGCGCGCGAGACACCCUGACAUGAAAAUCAGCCUCAAACUUUUCUCCAAAGUUUGGGCACAAAACUUUGGUGGCAAGUUGGCCCUACGGGAAGAGUCGCAGCAUGCCCAGUGUGGCAUUUGCACACGUCACAAGCUGUUGAUCAAACGCCUUUCUGGAGACAGAAUUCAACGUGAUGCUCAGAUGGCUGAAUACGCAACACACUUGCGUCGACAGUACGCUGACCGUACUGAGUAUUGGAAGGCUCGGACACGGUCAAGGCUUCCGCUCCUUCCUGCUGGGGAUCAGAGUGUUUGCUUCAUCAUUGACGGCCAUGACCACAGCAAGUAUCGGUAUCCAAGGGACACAAUGUUUUCAUCGAAGGAAUACAGUGGUUUUGUUCGGCCUUGUUUGGAUGCAACAGCCUGCAUUACCCAUGGCCAGGGAAUCCUCAUGGUGCUGUCCGAACCCUUUGUCCGUAAGGAUUCAAGUUGGACCACUGAAGUCAUUGCACACUCCCUGAACAAAUUGGCAGAGGUGGCAGACCUCCGUCGCAUGGAGGUCCUCUGCCAAGCUGACAACACAAGUCGCGAGGUGAAAAAUAAUACUCUGACACGGUUUUGUGGAUUUCUCACAGGAACAUCCCGCGUACGGCGGAUGGAGCUCCGAUUUUUACAAUCUGGGCACUCCCACGAGGACGUGGAUGCUUGGUUCAGUGUAUUGAGCAAUGUCAUUGAAUCGCACAAGCACCUCCAGACACCAGAGGACUUCCAAAGGCUGCUGCAGGAUUUUUUGACAGACUUGACGCAACGGCCCCAUGAGCUUCACUGGCGAGAUGUCAUGCUGGUCAAUGCAAUUCGGGACUGGAGUUUUGACUUGUUAUUCGGAGAAAUUUGUUAUUGCCCUCCCAUUGACCUUUUUUGUGUGGGCAGGUGCCCCCAUAGAUGA